GAUAACAGUUUUGUAGCGCCGCUUUUUGUCUACUAGACCAUAUAAAGAACUUUGAAAUUGCUUGAUAACUGUAGAUUUGGUGAGCGUUUCAAGAUUGCAUGUUUUUUGCUCAUUUUUGCUCGAACAUGACCUCAGUUUGACCUCAAUAACUCCUGACCUAAGGUGACCUAAGACUUGAAAUUUGGUGUGAAGGUGUCAAAUUGAUGCCCGGGAAGGUACUGAAAAUUUGGCGGUGCUGCGCGCCGCCGUUUUCUUGCUAUUCAGGAAAAACCACAGGGGGGGGGCAAAAUGGCCCCCCCCCAACGGGGCGAGGGUUAAUUCGCUUACUGUGCAAGAAGAUAGGAAAACGAGGCCAUUGUGUUUUCCCUAUGGCAUUUUACGAGAAAACGACAAAUAUUAAAUUCGUCAGCUGAUAGCCCUGUACCAACCAUUUCCCUUAUCUUAUAAGCGACAAAAUGCAAUUAAUUUCCAAUGUUUUCAUCCCUAAUGAGACGAUAGCAUUUCAAGAUAAACCACUCAUAAUAUCAACCGUCAUUUUGCGCCUAUACGCUGUAGUUUUUGUAGUUAUUUAGGCGACUCGGAAACGUGGGCCAAUCUCCCUGAAAAUGGCAGCUAUGCACGCUAGUGGCAAUCUGAAUACGCGUAAGCGAAUCUUCCAUGCAAAACAUAUAUAAUGAUCAUGACCUUAGUGGACUGUGAUGCGCCGGCAGUUCUUACGUGCCUUUGGAUAACAAGCACUUCAUCAUAUGCAUCGCUUCCAGGCAAACAUUAGCGCAAGCCAUAAAUCAAGAAGACAAACAACCAUUGAAAGGGUUAUUGGUGUAACAAAAAAUUACAUCAAAUAAUCCCGGCCUGCACUUUCUAUAUCGUUGCUCCUAUAUGCUUAGACAAAUGGUUAUAUGCUUGUAUUGUAAAUGUAUAUGCGUGUAUAUGCUUAGGCAAAUACCGACACUGCGAUACUCUUAGAAGCAAAAGCAAUUACGAUUAGUCAUUCGCCGCAAUCAAACACUUCAAUCAAAAUGACAGCUACGUCGCUGCUAAAAGCAGCUCAACUUCGGGUUGCACUUUGCAGUGACUUCAAAAACCACACCAAUACACCACUUUGGCUUCACUAACCUCACCAACUCGCUCACUAACCACCUCUGACACCAACCCCUUACUUACCCCACGAGCCACGAGCGGCGACCACCAGCGCCCCAGCUGGGUCACCGGCAGACUGACGAGUGCAGCGCGGUCGAUCGUGUGAGCGUCAGUACUCAGUGCAUAUCGACGCCAAUGAGCAGCACACCGGUGUGGGCUGUGAGCGUCCAACGUCCACCCUCGUGGGCAGGGCGCAUGGAACGGAUGGUUCCACUUUGGGCCGCCAGGGACAGGGAGUUGUGUUUUUGGAGGACAGGUGUAACACUAACGCAAACGUUACGAGCGAUCAACGAUGUGUACCUCGCGAGCCUGAAUUGGAUUUCAUCUGCUAUCUAGCCGAAAAGGCAAAAAAUAUUGUAGCUCAUGUUGAAAAUAAAAUUAAAAAAUACUCAUUUUAAUAAAUCCUGUACAUUCUUUGCUCUUUGCUCCCCCUACAUGUUUUUCUCUCUCUCCCUCUCUCUCCCCCUCUCUCUCCCUCCCUGUAAUCUUCCCAGUCCGUCCGACAGAGACAUAAUCUCAAUCGAUUCGGAUAGAUGAAAAACUCCUGGGCUGGGCGAGAACACACACAGAGGCUUCCCUCUCCAGCAACGUAGUUACCCCUUAUUUGUUUCGAAGUAGUGAGUAAAAUAUUCUUGGCUAGGACAAUUGAACUAAACCUGCUCCCAAACUUCAAUGGUGCAGUGAAUAAUUGUAACUCUCCGAUUACGUUCGAUAGAUAUUCAUCCAGUUUUUACCCCGCAGAAAUUAUCACUGGGUAGAUUUUUCCGAGCUAGCUACUCCGAACUCACAACCCUCCCUCACUAGCUCUUCAUCCCUCCUCUCUCUCUCUCUCUCUCUCUCUCUCUCUCUCUCUCUCUCUCUCUCACUCUCUCUCUCUCUCUCUCUCCCUCUCUCUCUCUCAUCCUCUCUUUCUAUGAGUCUCCUCUCCCUUCUCGUUUCACCUCUCCCUAUGUAGCAUUGUCAACCUCUCUGCCUCCCUGCGGCAAGGUCGCUCCCCUGCCCGGUGUGAUGCCCCUGCUAUCUAACAGAUUCUAUCGCGUCGGGACGCCCCCCCCCCCGGCUGGUUCUCACACCUGCCGGCUCUCAGUACUCAUCACAGAGUCUCUCACUGCUCACCAUGGUGCCUCUCCGGUCUCUUACGCUCUCACCAAUAACCCAGCUAAUAUCAGCCCUGCUAGUUACGCUACCGACCGGUGGUCUUGGUUUAUGCCCCGACGACUGGCUGGAAUAUGGAUAUGGCAGCAGCUGGAAUAUGGCAGCUGCUACUAUGGAUCCAACUCAAACUUCUCAUGGCAUGGCGCCAGGCAGAUUUGUGAGGAGAUGCAGUGGGGCGCUCAUCUGACCUCCAUCACUACCGAGGAUGAGAACACCUUCAUCAACAGUCAGUUCGGCCAUCUUCAGCCGUGGAUCGGACUGAACGAUGUGGAUACAGAGGGUGACUGGAAGUGGGCCAACGGUGAAUCCUUGGUGUACACGAACUGGGAUGCCGGACAACCUGACAACACGGAUUGUGAUUGUGCCUACAUCUGGAAAACCGAGGGGGGAGCCUGGGACGAUACCUACUGCAACGUGGCCUUCCACUUUGUCUGCGAACUCACCGCUCUCUAAGCAAAUGCAUCCGUCCACAUGGGUACAAAAUUAAUAUCGAAAAGCAACAUUGCCGUUUUAUCUAUAAAAAGUGUUGUCUUGCAAUUUUAUACGAGUUUUUCUCGAAUACUUUCGAUUCGAGUGUCUGCACUGGAAUAAAUAAAGGUAUUUAUUUCGAA